AUGGAAGAAGACAAGUACAAAGACCCCGUGGUGCAAGCCCACAGCAGCCCGGAAUUCGACAGCGGCGAAGUCCUCGACGACAACCACGGCCUGAAGCGACACCUGAGUAACCGCAAGAUCCAACUAAUCGCCAUCGGUGGCUCCAUCGGCACCGCCAUGUUCGUCAGCAUCGGCGGCGCUCUACACUCGGGCGGGCCGGGCAGUCUGUUGCUGGCGUACGGACUGUACGCCUGCGUGCUGGCGCUGGUCAACAACGCCAUGGCCGAGAUGGCCGUGUACAUGCCGGUCAAUGCGUCGUUUAUCCGCCAUGCUGCUGUCUGGGUCGACGAUGCCUGGGGCUUCAUGGCGGGCUGGAACUUCUUUUUCUAUGAGGCUAUUCUCAUCCCGUUUGAGAUCAGUGCCCUCAAUCUGGUUUUGAAGUUCUGGCGCGAUGAUAUACCGGCCGGAGCUAUCUGUGCUGCUUGUAUUGUGACUUAUGGUAUGAUCAAUGUUGCCGCUGUCAAAUACUAUGGCGAGGCUGAAUUCUGGCUGUCAUGGGGCAAGCUGUUGCUGAUGAUGAUCGUCUUCUCGUUCACUUUUGUGACGAUGGUCGGGGGCAAUCCCACCCACGACGCCUACGGCUUCCGGUACUGGAAUGACCCGGGCUCAUUCGUCGAGCACCUGAGCACAGGAACUAAAGGUCGCUGGGAAGGCUUCCUAGCCGCCCUCUGGGCCGCCAGCUUCGCCAUCGUGGGCCCCGAGUACAUGGCCAUGGUAGCAGGCGAAGCCAAGCUCCCCCGCAUCACACUCAAGCGCGCCUUCAAAGCGGUUUAUGUGCGCUUCGGGGUCUUCUUCAUCGGUGGUGCGCUGUGUGUCGGCAUCGUCCUUCCCUGGAACGACAAGACGCUCAAGGCCAACCUCGGCAGCAGCACCGGUGCCGCUUCGCCGUAUGUGAUUGCCAUGCAGAACAUGGGGGUCAGCGGGCUGCCGCAUCUAGUCAAUGCGUUGCUGUUCACGAGUAUCUACUCGGCUGGUAAUGCGUACACCUACUGCGCGACGCGGACACUCCAUGGUCUGGCACACGAUAGCCACGCGCCCACGAUUCUGCGCAAGUGCUCCCGCAACGGCGUGCCGAUUUACUGUCUGGCGAUUGUCAUGAUCUUCCCGCUACUAUCGCUGCUGCAAUUAUCGAACGGAGCCAACCAAGUUCUCACAUGGCUGGUCAACAUCGUCACCGCCGGCGGCAUCAUCGACUACAUCGUAAUCUGCGUCAACUUCCUCUUCUUCUACCGCGCCUGCCGCGCCCAGGGCGUCAACCGCCGCGAAUUACCCUACUACGGGUACCUGCAACCAUGGAGCACAGUAUUCGCUCUAUGCUGGAUGAUCUGCGUCGUGACAUGCUACGGCUACAGCACGUUUCUGCCGGGCCAUUGGAACGUCGGCACGUUCUUCACCUACUACGCCAUGGUGUUUUUGGCGAUCCUGACCUUCAGCGGGUGGAAGCUCAUCAAGCGCACGAAAUUCGUUAACCCGCUCGAGGCGGAUCUCGUGUGGGAUCGCCCCGCUAUCGAGCGGUAUGAGCUGACUACUCUUGAUAGGGAUAUUGGAUUUUGGGGUGAGAUGUUGCAGAUGGUCGGGAUUAAGAGGGAAAAGGUUGAUGAAACUCAGGAGUGA